AAUUUAUUUAACCUGAUGCACUGGUAUUCGCAACUCCAAUUCCCACAAUUCACUGCGCGACGUGACGUCACGUAUUCCGUGCGUCUUCCGUGUCAUCGGCACCCGGCCCUGGCAUAGGAUAGAGCAUUAUUCAGGAUGGUGGAAGCUGAGCCUCUUUGGUGGGAGCAGCUAGGCUCUUGCUUCGUGCGGCACUACUACCAGUUAUUUGAAAGUGACAGAGCAAAACUUGCAGAUCUGUAUAUUCCAGAGUCAUUACUAACCUGGGAGGGAGACAUACUCCAUGGAAAAGAAUCAAUUAUGAAGAAACUCCUUAAUUUGGACUUCAAAAAAAUAGAGCAUACAAUUACAGCACAGGACCACCAACCGACCCCAGACAACUGUGUCCUGAGUAUGGUUGUCGGACAGCUAAAAGCUGACAACGAUCACAUCAUGGGUUUUCAUCAGAUUUUCUUCCUGAGGGAAAUAAACGCAUCGUGGGUGUGCACCAAUGAAAUUUUCAGGCUGUCCCUUCACAACUUUGCCUAGCCAAUUCCUCCACUCUGAUGGGCAUGGGCAGCAAUAGUGAAGGAUGCUGUAUAAUGAUGGAGGGAAAGGAAGACUUGAACUUCCCUCCUUCUGACUGCUUUGUUUGUUGGACGAGCAUGCGAACACCGGAAUCUAGAUGUCAAACUUAAAACCCAGUACAAAUGCUACUCCAUUUUGUUUUAUAUGCUGACAGUCAGAUAUUCUAUCAGACAUUCACUGAUUUGUUCUACUUUUGGUCAUGUUUUGUCCAUUCAGUCUCAGACCAAGCUUGGGUUUUCAGUUUUACAUUGCGUCUUGCCAUGCUGAUAUGUUAUGAAGUUUGCUCUGGAUUUCUUUGGUGUGAUUAGUUUUUAAUAUUCCUUGAUAGAGUGCUGCACUAUCAUAACAAUUGCUGAUUCCCAUAUCACCACCAAAGACUUACAGCGGACAAUAAUAUCUGACUUAGCUAUGUUAGUCAGCAUUUGUUCUGUCCGUCUGUCUGACUUCCCUCCACAGAAAAAAAUGGCAUUUUAUCUGGACAAGAGAAAAAAUUCACAAUAAAACCUGGCCUUUUUUCAUAAUAA